GACCUGCCAACCAAUCCUACCCUCUACAAUCUCACACGUAUCCCACUCUUAUCGGGAAACGAACGGCCCAUAUAUCCCCACGUGUCAAUAAAUGUAAUAUUAUCCCCUUAAUCCAACGGACCCAACAUCUCCCUCCUCAAGGGAAAAGAAAAAUUCACCCUCUUGCACAAUUUUCUCUACCGUCUAAGGCCACUACUCAGUUUCAGAGUUUCCAAUUUACCAUCCGUCUGUGCUCUGAUUCUCCAUAUUUUCUUUGAUGGCUGAUUCGGACAACGAUUCGGGAGGGCAUAACAACAGCAACGCGAACAGUGAGUUGUCGGCGAAGGAGCAAGACCGGUUCUUGCCGAUAGCGAAUGUAAGCAGGAUUAUGAAGAAGGCAUUGCCUGCGAAUGCCAAGAUAUCGAAGGAUGCCAAAGAGACGGUACAGGAAUGCGUGUCGGAGUUCAUAAGUUUUAUUACGGGAGAGGCGUCGGAUAAGUGUCAGCGGGAGAAACGGAAGACGGUCAACGGUGAUGAUUUGUUGUGGGCCAUGACGACUUUAGGGUUUGAGGAGUACGUGGAGCCGCUCAAGAUUUACUUGCAGAAGUAUAGGGAAAUGGAAGGGGAGAAGUCUACGUUGGGGAGAGACAAAGAUGGCGGUGGCAGUGGUGGCUCCGGUGGUGUUGGUGGUGGUGGUGGUAGUGUUGGCGGUGGUGGGAGUGGAGGAGUGAGUUCCAGUGGUCCUGGUGGUGGUGGGUAUAAUGGAGGGAUGUAUGGUGGGAUGAUGAUGAUGGGUCAUCAAGGACACGUAUAUGGUUCCAGUGGUUAUCAUCAUCAGAUGGGUGUCGGGAAUGUUGGUGGCGGUGGCGGUGGCGGUGGUGGAAGUGGUGGAGCUGUUAGAUCAAGGUAGGUCUAUUGCGAAGCAUUCACUUGUGGGGAUAUUGAAGAUAAUUAACUAGACCUUAAUCAUACUUUGUUAGGUAAUAAUUAUUUUUAAUGCUUUUUAUUUUGUUAAUUAACGUGAUUUGUGAAUGAGAUUAAAUUUGUGUAAUUCUGGAGGAGGGGGUAGACAGAAUUAAUUAUAUUAGUUAGUACUAAUUGGAUUUUCUCUCCUUGUUAAUAUUAUUCUUGUAUUAUGAAAGGGAUGUAAUUAAGUUGGUUUCAAUGUUGGGAUUGAUCUGUUGAAGGUGUAAUUUGGGGGAAAAAAUAGUUCAAGCUGACCGCUUGUUUUGAGUUUUGACAGAUCUUACGAAAGUAGUGUUUGUUCGGACACUUUCUUUUUAAGGAAAGGAAAGUAGGAGUUAUGUUAUGUCGAAACUCCCCAAUUCUGCCAUUUGUCCACUGCUUAGUUUUCUAUGUAAUGUACCAAAUGAAGAAAAGAGUAAAGAUUUUAAAGUAA